AUGGUGAUUGAACUUGUAGAAUGUGCACUACAGCUUUCCUUCGAUCAGUUUGCGCUUCCCUGUACCAACCCCGAAAUUUAUUUCACACAUUAUUCCGUUUUCCGCUUCAGGGCUCGUCCCGGCGAAGAGCUAGUUUGGAUCAGAAAACUCAUCCCUGCGCAGAGGCGGAAUACCACUGUAAACAACGCUCGACACAACUCUUCUGGUUGUGAAUGGGGUCUUUUGGACAAUGUAAAGGGACUGCCGAGAGCAUGCCGUCGUAAAACUGGAGGGCAGGAACAUCGCCAUUAUGCGGCUCAUGUCCCGCACGGAUAUCACCACCGUCACCCGCCCAUAGAGACGACAAGAAGGAGAUGCGGAUGCAUUGAGCUCCUCCUCUUUGGCCUGUGUCUGCCUGAGGAGUAUGGAGGGGGUGAAAUGGUCUAG